CUCCAGGAGACAAGGAUUACAAUGCAAAUGGUAAGCUUGCAGUUGCAACAUUUGUCAAAUGGCUGCAAGUCAUUGGUCUUUCAUCAGUCUCAAUGUUUAUUUUGAUAAACUUUCUAUAUACAUAGUAUUUAUUUUGUUUAGAUAGCUAAACUGUUAAAACAGUUGAGGACAGACGUUGGUAUACGUUUUCCAGAGAACAUAAUGGAUCUUUACUUCAAAAUCCUUUUUUUUUUUUUUUACAUCAACAAUUAUAAUAGGGUCGCUUCUGCAAUGAAAAAACAUGAAGAAGAAACGGACAACAAUGUUUUCCUGUCCCAAAAUACUUUACUAGACUGAUUGAAAUGUAUUAAGAAAAAAUGGAUGUUAGAGACUUGGCAACAUAAGAAGAAUAUCCCUUCUCUUUGGACUGACCACACUGUUUCAAAAUGAGGAAUCAAUCAGCGAUGGAGAAAAACGACUAAGGGGAUGGAGCGCUCAAGUCAACUCCAGCCUGCAUUAUAUGGACAAAUGAUGAAUAUCACAAACGAUACCAAUGGGACAGAAUCUCCAGAGCUUGAUGAAAAUGAUGAGAGUUUGGCUUAUCAAACCGGGUUGGCAGUGAUUCUCUUCGUUGUCACACUCGCUACUACUUUGUCCAACGCAUUUGUCAUUGCAACGAUUUAUCAGUCUAAGAAACUGCACACUCCAGCAAACUUUCUCAUAGCGUCUCUAGCUGUCACCGACCUCUUAGUGUCCAUUUUGGUGAUGCCAAUAUGCGUCCUGUACACGGUGAGUCACACCUGGACUUUGGGACAAGUUACAUGUGACAUUUGGUUAUCCUCAGAUAUAACAUGUUGCACUGCUUCUAUCCUUCACUUAUGCGUAAUCGCUUUGGAUCGAUACUGGGCAAUAACAGACGCCGUUGAGUACUCCAAAAAGCGCACGCCAGCGCGCGCUGCGGGAAUGAUCGUGACCGCCUGGGUCAUCGCUAUCUCCAUCUCCCUGCCCCCGCUUUUCUGGCGCCAGGUGAAAGCGGAGGAGUUAACUGAAUGCAAUGUCAAUACGGAUCACAUUUUCUACACUAUUUACUCCACGUUUGGAGCAUUCUACAUCCCUACUCUGCUGCUUAUUGUGCUUUAUGGAAGGAUAUACUUAGAAGCACGUAAGAUCAUUUUGAAACAGUCACCCAAAAAGGUAGGGAAAAGACUCACUUCAGCGCACCUGAUCACCAACUCCCCUGGAUCUGUGGCAUCGACAUCAUCUUCUCAGUGUAAAAUACACGAUACCCACUUCAGUGACACGGGGUCCUUGGCAAGUAAGAACCAUGUGAAAGUAACCGUGUCCGACGCACUUUUGGAGAAGAAAAAGAUCUCAGCUGCUAGAGAGAGGAAAGCGACCAAAACAUUGGGAAUAAUAUUAGGCGCAUACAUUAUAUGCUGGUUGCCCUUUUUCAUAUACACCCUGGUGGUGGCCGCCUGUGAAACUUGUUUUUACCCCGAGAUGUUUGACUUUUUCACCUGGCUUGGUUAUCUCAACUCGUUAAUCAAUCCAAUUAUAUAUACCAUGUCCAAUGAUGACUUUAAAAAAGCUUUCCAUAAACUCUUACGCUUCAGAUUUUGCAUAUCCUGAACAUAUGUCUUCCAUGUCCUAUUUUGUUUGCAUUAUUGCUCCAUACAAUACAGCAUACAAUACAGAUACCCUUGUGUGGUGUUAUAUGUGUAAAUGCAUUCAUAUGAUGCAAUUUAGGGCACGAUAAACCUUUAUGUAAUGAUGGUAUUAUGGGGACACCGUAUAGGACACACAAUUUUUACACAGUAGCUAACGUUGCGCAAUACUCUAAUUCAGGUUUAAUAUGUCAUAUAUACUUAAGCCGAUUAUAAUAAAUUGUGAAUACAACUGAUUUGUUAUUUGUGUUUCGCAAGGGCUCCCAUUUGGGGAUUAUGGUGGCUCGCGGCGCAUUGCGCGUUAUUCCCUUCGCGACUGACCGUUGCAUUUCAGAUCCGCUGCAUCAUUAGUAAGAGCUAUCCAAACCAGACUCGACUGAAACCAUUACUUCUGUACAUUGGCUGGCUAUGACAUUAUCCACUGGGCACAGACGUCAGUUAAGCGUCUAGUUUGGAUUUACAUUGGUUGA